AUGCCCGACCAGCCCUUGUACCGAGACCCCUGGGCGAAGCGCGAGGCGUGGCGGAAGCACCCCAUCUUUUCCACACGAGCAAGGUUCCGCAACAUCUUCCCCGGAUUCGGUAUCGCCGUUGUCGCGUUCGCAGCAUACGUCGCCUACGACGAAACGGUCGGCGCAGCAAAGAAAGGACACGGCACCGAGCACCACUGA